ACGCGCGACCUCGAGCGGAUCAGCGCGGCUGAUCCUCGAUCGUUUCUCGCGCGGUGGAUCGUCGCUCGCGCGCGGCAAUGAGACGUUUCGUGCCCCCUGCUCCGCCUCAAGAUACCUCGAUCUGUUCCUACGCUUCUUCUCGCCUGCGACGCGCCUCCAACUGGAUUUAGGAGAGGUUCUCGAGCCCUCAGGUCAACGAGGCAUCGUAACAAAUCCGAAACACGUUUGACACGCGUGGCCAACCUGGCAGAGGCACUUCUCACUGCGAUGACCCCGGAGAUCCGGCAAGGAUCGGGAUUCCAUCAUCAUCCCUGACCCGGGAUAACCACGAAAUUGCCAGCAUUGCGACCAGCAGCCACCCAACCAACCGUCCCUACUCAAAACCCUCCACCUCGUCAAUCCCCUUUCCCUUUGUCGAUAAAUAUCUCACCUCUACAUAACCGACCGAGUAACUAGAAAUUUCCACAAAAUGGACGACGACGACACGGAAGAGAAGCGGGAAUCCCUGACCCUGGUGAACAAGCUCUCUUGCAAAGAGACAAAAACUAAAUUGCUAGUCUCAUCCUCGAAACUCGUGUCCAUGAGCUCGAAGCUCGAGGCAAGGCAACGAAACUCCACGGAAAGCUCGGACACCAUGGAGUGCGCAUCCGAGAACGAAGUGGAGAACAUACCAAAGGACGAGGAAGCGUCCGAACCCCUGGUCACCGACGAGAAAGGGAGCAGAAUCUGUGGCGGGGAUCGUCGUUCCUUGGACGUUGCCCAAGAAGAAGAAGGUGAGACGCUGGUCACCAGUAGUAGCCGCCAACACACCGUGACGAAGACUAGCCUGAAAGUGUGCGAGGAGGAGGGCAGGCCGGUCAGGUUUCCCGGAAUCAAGCUAGGUUUCUUCCAUCGAAGCCCUCAAUCCUCGUCCAGUCAGGAGGAUUACGAGCCCGAGGUGAAGAGCCUGUCGAAACUCGAGAAGCAACAGCCUCAACAGCAUCUGUUGACCGCGAGAGGCAGCGGCCAGAGCAGCAGCCAGAUAACGGCCAAGUCGAUGGAAAGUCUGAGAACGUCGAGGAAUUUUCUGAGCGCUGACGAACGCUACGUGGACGACUCCAAAUCCUUGGAAUCCUUGUCAGAGUCUCACGUCUCUGCCGUCUCGAAGUCUCACUACAGAAGCUUUUUGACCUCGUCCACCAGAGACGUGAGGAGGAUAGUGACCGUUGAGUCGAAAAGCAGCGACAAUCUUCACAGGGAGGAGAGCCUGAACGCCGAGGUUAGACGCGGGCUUUUCGCUAACACGGGGCUGGAGAGGAAGAUCCCUCAGAAUCUGAGCCUGCCACCCCCCUCAAACGUGUUUUCGUUGACCAGCCCGGGCGGCAGCGACAGAAAGAUCACUAUACUCAGCCCUCACUCGCCGCUCCAGACGACCGAGUUCCAGUUCUCCCAGACGUUAAAGGCCAGGCGUAAGAAGGCCAUCGUCUUGCCGAGGUUGGUGUUGCCCAGAAGCGAAUCCGACGUGUUCUUCUCCGAUUUCGACGUGGAAAAUGGCGCCUCAACGUUGGACGGGGGUGCCGGAGGCGGUGGAGGCGCCUCGCCAAGUGCAGGGUUGGUGUUGCAAACCCUGCCACAGAGGCGAGAGAGCUUCCUGUAUCGCAGUGAUAGCGACUUCGAGAUGUCGCCGAAAUCGAUGUCUCGAAACAGUUCGAUCGCCAGCGAGAGGUUCAAAGAGACAGAGCUUCCUGUCGAGCGAGCGAUAUUUACCGAUCAGUAUAGCCAUGGCGAGGACCUCAUCGUCACGCCGUUCGCGCAGAUCCUUGCCUCUCUGCGCUCGGUCAGGAACAACUUCCUGUCGCUUACUAAUGUGCCCACCAACAAAUCACGAAGGAGUAGCGGUGCACAGGGUAGCAGCACGCCGCAACCACGGAUCUUGGCACCGGGGGAGGAGAACUACAUGAAAUUGGCGGUGGAGACGAUGGAGGAGCUGGACUGGUGCCUGGACCAACUGGAAACCAUUCAGACUCAUCGAUCCGUGUCCGACAUGGCCUCUCUGAAGUUCAAGCGUAUGCUGAACAAAGAGCUGUCCCAUUUCUCAGAAUCCUCGAAAUCCGGCAACCAGAUAUCGGAAUACAUAUGCAGUACCUUCCUUGACAAGCAACAAGAGUUGGAUCUACCCUCCCUGCGGAUCGAGGAUGCGGUUGCAGCAGCCGGAAGUACGGAUGCGAGGGUGGCAAAGAAGAAGGACCGGGCCCAAAGAGGCCCGGCCGCGAUGUCCCACAUAAGCGGUGUGAAGCGACCCCUCACGCACACGAACAGCUUCACAGGGGAGCGUGUACCGCUUCACGGCGUGGAGACACCCCACGAGGAGGAGCUCGGCAAGCUUCUCUCAGACAUCGACAAAUGGGGCAUCGAUAUCUUCAGGAUAGGCGAAUUAAGCAACAACAGACCGCUGACCUGCGUCGCCUACACAGCCUUCCAGACCCGGGAUUUGCUCAAAUCGCUGGCCAUACCACCCAAGACCUUUGUGACCUUCAUGAUGACCCUCGAGGAUCACUACGUCAAAGACAAUCCCUUCCACAAUAGCCUGCAUGCCGCCGAUGUGACCCAAUCUACUCACACUCUGCUCAACACACCCGCACUCGAGUCCGUGUUCACGCCGUUGGAAAUCACAGCCGCUCUGUUUGCAGCCACCAUUCACGACGUGGACCAUCCUGGACUCACCAACCAGUUCCUUAUAAAUUCGAGCUCCGAGCUCGCCCUAAUGUACAAUGACGAGUCCGUUCUGGAGAACCACCACCUGGCAGUGGCGUUCAAGUUACUUCAGAACGAAGGCUGCGACAUUUUCGUCAACAUGACGAAGAAGCAACGCCAGACGCUUAGGAAGAUGGUAAUCGACAUGGUCCUAUCUACAGAUAUGUCCAAGCACAUGUCUCUGUUGGCCGAUCUGAAGACUAUGGUGGAAACGAAGAAGGUGGCUGGUUCUGGCGUGCUUCUGUUGGACAACUACACGGACCGAAUCCAGGUCCUGGAGAACCUGGUCCACUGUGCCGACCUGUCCAAUCCUACCAAACCUUUGCCUCUCUAUCGGCGAUGGGUGGGUCUGUUGAUGGAGGAAUUCUUCCUUCAAGGGGAUCGGGAACGCGAGCAGAACAUGGAUAUAAGCCCGAUGUGUGACAGGCACAGUGCCACUAUCGAGAAGUCGCAGGUCGGCUUCAUAGAUUAUAUCGUGCACCCUCUCUGGGAAACCUGGGCCGACCUUGUACACCCGGAUGCUCAGGAUAUCCUGGAUACGUUAGAGGAGAAUCGAGACUGGUAUCAAUCUAUGAUCCCUCCGUCGCCGCCUUCUGAUGAUCAACAGCAACAGCAGCAAGGGAACGAGCAGCAAUCCGAUAGGAUACACUUCCAGGUGACACUGGAGGAAGGCGACGAGACAGGUGAAACAACGGAAAUCGGGGAUACGGUUGGAGCUGCGAAAACGAUCCUGGCGAGCGAGGAAGGGGGCGGUGAGACGGAUGAGAACGCAGCAGAGGCUGGGAUGUGACGGAGGCUCGCGGGUAUUUGCAGAAAGCUCCACGAGAAGGUGCAGCAGACCUGGUGGCGUGUGCGUCAGUGACAGUUAACUCGCUGCCGCUGGCCAGGUCUCUUUGUGUCGACCUAUUGACCUUUUGGCCAAGCUCUCCACUCCCCGGAACGGUGGAAGGUGUCUCGUCUCGGAACAGAAGGACGGAAAAAGAGAGAGAAAGGGGAAAAGUCGAACGAAAGAAAGAGAAACGUAACCGAAUGAAUGGAACGUCUAGUCGCCGCUAGUUCAGACUACCUCUGGAACAAAAAUGGAAAAAGUCUUUUCUCACGCGUCAUCAACAAGCGGGAAAUCAGCUCGGAGGAUAAGUGUCCAGAAGAAGAAGAAGAAGAAGAAGAAGGAUGAUGCUGCCCAUUGACGCGAUCGUUCGCUCCAAAGCUGACGCGGGCCUCAGCAACGAGCGGCGAUCAUUGCGAUCGAUGCGUCUCGGCUGGUUCGAGGCGUCUACGAUAGCGUCAUCUACGAUGGACCAUCCUCGACGGACAGAGAAUGUAGCAUCGUCGUUGUUACCAUUGUCGCUUCUCUCCCCACCCACUUGUUGUCGUUCGAUCGCGUCCCUUCCCUCCCCCCAGAUUGGCGCGUACCUGGCUCGAACGGAGGGCACGAAUCUCUUCACCAAGUACCUGUAUAAUUACCCAGGCGGACGUGUAAAGAUAAUCGUCUUUGCACGGUCUUCCUUGAUUACUAUAUAAUAUAGAAUGAGAAAAUGUGGAAAUGAUGCGACUCGAGGGGGAAAAAAAAGGAGAAAGAAUGAAACGCAAGAAAGUCUCAUCUCGCCUCAGUGAUAGGAUCCUAUAUUGACAUAUCAAUUACACGGUACAAACGGCCCCAGGCCGUAAUACUUCAACGAUUCGGAGGAUCUUUUGCGCAGCCAGCUGACCCUCGGUCGAUCAAUGAUUGGGCCGAAUUUCUUUCGUCGAAGAAAAUGUGUCGAAAAAAAAAAAAAAAGAAUUUGUUCGAGUUGGAUGGUCGUUUCUUCGUCUCCAGAAAUGCUGUGCGCAGAGAAAGAAGAAGAAGAAGAAGAAAGAGGACACGAAGUUGGGACAAGUGGAAGAAGGAUGAUAAGAGUGAUCGAUGAGGAGGGUCAGGGGUUAGAUGCCGAUCAGAAGAAGACAGCUAGAGUAAACAGUAGUCGUCAGCGCUUUCUACGUUCAUCCUUGGUUCUCCGAUGAUUGCAUCUUGACAAUUACCUAAUAACUCGUCUAGAACUAAGCCUAUCCCUAAUCGUAAGACUUUCGUAAUCAUCGCUCGCCGACUAGAGAGCUUAGUAGAGGAUGUUAUGACAAAAGGGGAUGAAAAAUUGGAAGGAAUCGCGUUUGUAAAUAUUGAUGAACGUGAUAGAUGACGCCACUGGGCGGAUGAAUGGUUAAUUUUAAUAUUAGAAGGCUGGCCUUUCCUUUGAGUUUAUAUUCAAAUUACGGUAGAUUCUGAAGCUUUGUUUUCGUUUCAUUCAUACCACACACACACGUAUACACAUAUACACACAAAUAGACACAAACACAUGCAUUACACACGUAUAUACGCGAUCGUUUUUAACCAAAGAGUAAUGUUAGUCACUACGCCGUUCGGGUAACGAACAGAAAGAUCGAACUUUGAAUUUUUUUCUUCUUCAUCCUGAAUAAACAAAGAAUUUGAAAAAGAUGAUAUAUAUAUAUAUAUACAUAUACAUAUAUAUAUAUAUAUAUACAUAUAUAUAUAUCAUAAUCGAAAAAACACACGAUGCGAACAAACAGCGAGAAAUCAUCGCGCGUUCUGGCUUCUAGCGAUGGUAGAUUAUUUUAGGGAACUAAAUGAGGUGGAGAAUUAAUUAGCUAGGUUUCUUGCAGUUCGAUGUGUUAAAGAAACGAGACUACUAUGAACCAAAAAAAGAAAACAAAAAUGAAAAAAUACUGAGAAAAUAUUAAAAAAAAAAAAAAUCGAGACAAUGAAGUAACGAAGUACUCUCUCGCUUGGAUGUCUGUGAAUCGCUCAAAUUUAAAGGAUCGGCGCUCGAGCAUUAGUCGGAAAAGUCACGUCGUCUCGAUAAUCGAGCGUCGAUUCUUCGUCGCACUCUUUCUCGAAGCACAUUCAUCGAAAUUAUCACCCUAAUAUAUUCUUUGUAAAUUCCCAUCGGAUCUUGCGUUUUUCUACGAUGCUUUUUAUUUUCCUUUUUUAUACAAUUAACUAAUAAUGAAUAAGAAGAAAAAAGAGAGAAAGAAAGAGAAAGAGAGAGAGAGAGAUAUCAAUGAGACUCUCGUAGAACAGGAGCGAUAUUCGACUCGACGACGAUAAGAAAAUGGUUCCCUCUAAGCGAAACAAAAUGGCCGACGCGCGCGAGUUGCUCGAGAAAGAGGCGAAACCCGUAUCUGUGUCCGUAGGCAGUGAAUCUAGUGAGUGUUUUUUGGUGCUGGCCACCAAGCUUAGAUCAUUAAGAAUAAUUUACGUAAGGCUACGAGUACACGACUAGAUAUUAAGCUGAGAAAUUAACCUGUAAAUGAAAAAAAAAAAAAAAAAAAAAGGAAAAAAAAAAGUAAGAAAAAGUUUUAAAAAAAAAAGAAAUACGUAAGAAUAAAAAAAAAAAAACAAGCGAAUCUUCUUUAGGGCGUAAGCGACCAGAUAAUUAAUGAUAAUUAAACGUUUAACCGCGAAAAAGACGAUAUGAAUUGAAAAACGAACUGACAUGACGCUGUUCCAUUUUGGGAUCCCUUCAAGAAUUCCGCUCGAAAAUACAAAUUUGAACGCGAAGAUUCAAGAAGUUCGAGCUAGAACGACCGAUCGAACGACGGGAAAAAGUAAAAAGAAAAAGAAAAAAAAAAAAAAAAAAAAAAGAAAGAAAGAAAAAAAAGGUAAAAAAAUACGUAUGAUUUUCUUUUCUCCUUUUUAUCCGUUUGUCUUGUGCCCUGAUAUCGUUAUAUAGAUUUAAUUCCAAGAUUUUCUUUACUACGAUACUAUCUACGAUUUUGUUUUCUUUUUUUUUUCUUUUACCCUCCUCCCUUGAUUUCAGUUGAACUGAAUCUAUAAUAUAUCGCAAGCUUCCUCUCGUGACUAAUUAAUAAUGUUUUAACGUGUAUCACAAGUUGUAACUUGUCGAGAUGAUGAUUUUCAUGAGGUGACUAUGUGUGCAAUUUUAUUGUAUAUUUAAGAAUUACGAUCGAAAUGACAAUGGUGAUGACGAUGACGUGUAUCAAGCGACAUGGUCACGAUGAUAAGACGCUCAUGAUUGCGAGAGGUGACAGAGGAAUUAAAGAGAAAAAAGAAAAAAAAAAAAAAAGAAAAAAAAAGAAAAAAAAAAGAUGAAAUGAAAAAUGAAUACAACGUGUUUGAUUGCUGGACAGUUAAAUGAACAUGUAUUAAUAUCGUGUAACCCUCGUACGAGAUAUAUGUGUAAUAAAACAUAUUUAUUGUCGGAA